ACCAAUCUUAACCGACUUUGUAUAAAACUUCCUUUAUUGAAAAAUCAUUUACCUUCGUUAGAUCAAGGAAAAUUCUCUUAAGACACAACAGCGUUUAACUAACCAUGUAUAUGCAUGGGUGGACUGUUUUGGUUAUUCUAUGUUAUAAUGUCGAGCCUACUCUCAGUUUCCCGGCAUAUGAGAUACCAACGGAAACCGAGACUAAGUCACAUAGUGCCAUCACAAUGGACGCCAUCUUUAGAACCACUGCAAAAUUCUUGGAUAGGAUGCAGCUGGUAAAUGAUACCGAACAAUCACCAUUUCUUAAAGUUUACAACUAUUUUGGUUCAGACCAAGAAUCCUUUCAACGGUUCAUUCAGAUAAUUCAUGAAAUAAGCGGCUAUGAGAGUCUUGUUAAAACAGAGCGUGCAAUCGAUUCAAAAUACCACGUCAACGGGGAGCAAAUUGAAAUGGCUCACAUACUCAUUAAGCAAAUAAGAAACAGGAUCGUGGAUUUUUCAAAGAAUACUGCGAUGGUGAAAUCCAACAUUUCAUUGAUUCGAGAGGACGUAGCUACUAUUUUAUACAUUAUUCAGGAAUUCUAUAGCAAUACCAAUUAUAUUGAACUAUUUGGAAACAACACGAUCUACGAAAAUUUUGGACAAGACAAGGUUAUUUUAAAGGCAGUUGCUGACUCAAGUGAGGAUACGUGUACUAAUUGUGGGAAUGGAAUAGAACAGUGCGAAAACAACAUUAUAAUUGGAUCAAACCUGACAAGUGGCUACAGAUCAGGUCAAAUAAUUACAAAGCCAGUAAGAUACCUGAAUGGAAUAAAUGGUAAAUGCAGCCACGGAACACCAGAUGAUUCCAGUAGAACUUUUACCGCUACCGGUGGUAUUUAUAAAGGAAGAUCAAGUCAAAACGAGGCUCCCCACAGCUAUCUCCACAGCGCAGCAGCGGAAAUGGCGGUGAAUGCUACAGAAUACUACUUAAUUGAUCAAGCUACGGGACUUCUUGAGCUUAUUGGUUCAGAAGUUUUCCGAGAUAUAUUUGGUAUUCGCUCAAGAGAAGAAACAGCAAAAACAUCCUUAACAUUUGUCAUUGAUGCCGCGAGUUCCAAGGCUGACAUUUUAAUGAUCAUAAAGGCAAUAGAGAAAAUAGUAAACGAGACCAAAGGUUCCAAAUUUUUACCGAAGAGAUACGUUACGGUUAUAUUCUCAGAUUCAGAAAACUGGAAGACUGGAAUUAGUACAACCGACUUGAAGACUCUGAUAUCAGUUCUUGGUAACUUCAGUGGUAGUAGUGGAGGUGACUGUGCGGAAUCUGCCAUGAUAGGAAUACGUAAAGGCAUAGAACUGUCUAACAACAAUUCCAAAAUUUACAUAUUGACUUAUGCAAGGGAAACGAACGCUUCAUUGAAAGAAGAAGUGAUAUAUGGACUGAAGGCAAAAAAAUUAAUCCCUAUUUACAUUCUUACUGGAAAUUGUUCCAGACAACCACAAGAGGACGUAUACGCGGCCAUUGCCAAGGAAACAGGCGGAAAAGUUUUUGAGAGGAAUACAUCAGAAGUUCAGACAGUAAUUGAAACUGAAAUCAAGGAAACAUUACCAUCUUCGAAUGUUUUCGUCUCAUGGUUUAAGAUGCCAGCAAAUACCACGAAGAACAGGUCAAUACCUGUUGAUGAAUACACCAAGACCCUGGUGAUUACCGUUACACCUGUAACGUCGAUGUCCGAGGUCGUUUUAUAUAACCCAAAUGGUAUAGCUGUGUCAUUAUCGGAAAAUGAAGAAAUUAACCUAUUAAACAAUGUUUCAAAAAUUUCGAUUUUGAAUCCUGAAUCGGGACAAUGGAAGCUUCAGAAAAAUGUAACCGACUCCUGGACAGUUAACGUCACUGCUCUAAGUGCAAUGGAUUUCUCAGCUAGUAUUCUGGAAAAAAGCCCGGGAGGAAACUCUUAUCAGUUAACAGGAAAUCCUAUAAUAGGCAAACAAUAUUCGGUUGUUGUUGAUAUUCCAAAUCUGAACUCAACUUCCACAUGUUCGAAGGUUGCUUUAUUGUGUAGCAGCGGAACGGACGUUUUUGAAUUUAACGUUACUAGAGUGCGUUUAGACGGGAUUACUCGAUACACUGGCGAUUUUAUUCCAUCUAAUAAGUCCCUUUCAUAUAUACAAAUACGGGGUAAUGAUACUGAAGGGAACCCAUUCUUGCGGACACGAUUAUUUAAUAUCAAGCCUGUCUCCGUUCAACUUGACAUAUCUCCUCUGUUUGGAAAUCUGAGACUUAAUAAGACAAGCAACAUUUCCUUCUCCUUAAAUAAUACCGAUGAAAACUUUGAUGAUUUCGACAUCUCGGUUUCGGAUGGUAACAAAGACAUUGGUGUACACCAAGUUGGUUUUGAUAGCAAGCAGAUUUAUAGAUAUGAUGUUAUGGUAACUCCAGAAACUCUUCAAACAUUAAUAUUACAUUUUUCGAUAACCCGAAGAAACUUCAACAGUGCCAUUCAGACAAAAACAAGGCGAUAUUCUGUUAUGGACACGCAAUCUGCAAACUGCAUAGUCAAACAAAUUCCCGGAACGUGUCCGACAGAGUCGCUGAAUACAGAUAACUGUACUUCCUAUAACUGGACAGGAUCAGUCGAAGUUUCAUCGGGAAACAUCAACGAAUCAGUCAUUAAAGUAUCUUCUAACGAAGUAAUUUUACAUCACACGGAUUUAAAAGACGCAAACUCCGCUGUGCCAAUAUUACUGAGUGGUCAUUGUUGUAUUCAAACUGUUGUCCUUACCAUCAUCGACUCUAACGGAAAUUUCGACGAAUGUAGUUUCAUUGUCUCGGACCAACUUGCAACAAUAGUCCAAUAUCCAUCAUCAUCAUCAUCAUCAUCAUUAUCAACAAUCACAGACAAACAAACAACAACAACCACAAACAAACAAACAACAGCAACGAUAGAAAAACAAACAACUGUUGCAGAAACUUCAUCUUAUCAAUAUGCAACGACAACAAACGAACAAAAAGUUGUAGGGUCUAAUAAAGAGACUGGUACCAACGAAACAAGGAACAUCGCCAUGGCGUUAGGGUUUACUUUCCUAGGGUUAACUCUUAUAGCUAUCAUUAUAUGGAUAGUCUGCUGCAUUAAAAAAGAAACCUUUCCUAAAAACCCUGUUGCGUUUUUAAGCUAUCAAACUUUGAAAAUUAAAAAUGAAAACGACCCUGACGUCAACGAAAUGUUAGAUAAAUGUCAUGAAUUGCAUACUGCGGAUCAUGUGACGACUGAAAAUGAGAUAGAAUCGUCUAGUUUACAGAAAAGUGAAAAUAUAGAAAAUAAUGAUGGAAACAAUAGCAGCCCUGUUAAUAACACUGAUUUCACAAAAGAACAAUCGGAAACAUCAGAGAACAAAUCUCCUGAGGCAGAAACUUCAGGCACUAUAAACAAAGAAAUAGACACCAAUAAGGACGAUAAAAAGGUAACAUCAAUCAACUCAGAUUCCGAAACAAUUAACGCUGCUACAGCCGGACCGGAAUCGUCAGAUAGUAUUGAUGGAGACAAAAUUAAAGAAGACAACAAACGAGAAUCGUCUAGCAACCUUGGACAAAAAGAAUGCCUUAGUACAGAAUCAAAUGGUUUAAAGGAUUCGCAGAAUCCUAACUUAGAAAAAGGAAACAAUUUGGAUAGUCAGAAAGUGUCGCCAGAUAAUUUGUGCCCCACAAAUAAGUUAGAAAAUAAUGAAAACAGUCGAGCUACUGAAGUUGUACAAACUGGUAAAGACAAAGGAGGAACAGACGCAAGCUCUAAAGAACGUAAUGAAGAAAAAGUUGAUUUGGUAGAUGUAAAUAACAAAGACCAAAAUCUAGCUGAAGAAAUCAAAUCCCAAGAUUAAAACGUUCUUUAUAAGUCUUUGAAACUGAACCUUAAUGUUAAAUACAAUAAAUAGGUGAUGGUAAAAUUUGCCAAGCUAGAAUAAAAAGCAUUGACGAUCUCCGAUCCUAAGCGAUGUUCAAAAACUCUUAAUUAUGCGGAUUUCUUUUAUUCGUGCCAUUAAUCUGACUUUAUACCGACAAUUUGAAUUAGUAUUCUAGUGUUAAUUCAACUACAUGCUUAGCGUAGUGGAUUCACGAAGAACUACAACUUAAUUACAUGUUGGUAAAGAGUUCGAGCCACUUGAUUAUGUACCGGUACUUUUCUUCAGGCUCAAUUUGUUUAUUAUUUUUUAUUAUAUCCAUUGUAGGUAAAUUUGCAAUAAUUUUUUGGUGAAAAAAAUACUUUGAGACUGAGGAUCGGACAACCUUAAGCUCUUUCGCCUAUGAAUUUUGUGAUUAAAAUUUGAAUAUUAACUAAUAUCAAGAAACAAUCUAGGAAAUUAUGAUUAAGAAAUUGUAGUAGGGCAUUUGAAUAAAACAGCUUUCAAGCAUAUCAUAACAAUACCUAACAAAGGCAUUUUUAAAAUCAAAAUUCCAAUCACUUUUAAAUGUUAAUAUAAAAGUAGUUGUUGGUUUUUAACAUUGAUAGUGCAAUUGUAAAGUGGAUAAAACAGUAAUUAAGCAAUCAAUAUAAAUCUAGGAAUAAAGUUAUUACUUGCAACAACCGAAAGAAAUGUCUUCAUUAACGAAGGAUAGGGUUCAACAGUAGACACGCAAAUCAUUCAUUACCUUAAAUUAUAUAUCGCUUAGGGCAAAGGUACUUCAUUUUUAGGGCCUUUUUCAGCAAACCUGCAUGGUAAAUUUGAAGAAGAUAUUACCUGUAUUUUAAAAAAUAAAAGACGCAAUUAUGAUAUUACAUUUAGGAAGACUAACACUGCCUUUUGAAUAUUAUUGCAAGCCUCGAAAAGUUGAUGUACCUUUAGCUUAACUUUAUUGCUUUAGCUUCAGUUUACAAGUUAUUAGAAUUUGCAAUGUUAAGAAAAUGUUUAUAAGAAUAAUGUAAUAAUAAUAAAUUAUUUUAUUUCUAAAAAAAUGAAAGAUCUUAUAGCAUUUUUACAAAGACAUAUUUUAUUUUUAUAUUGCAUUUACAAUAGAACUUGUACAGCUUCUCCAACAUAUACAUAUAUUUACGAAAUAAGUCAAUGUAAAGGGGCAGAUCCAUUCAAAUGUAUUUCGUCAUAUAAGUUUUUGCAAUGAUUAUGCAAUUUAUGCAAAUGAUUGAUGAUACAUAUGCACAUUCAGCUCAGUUUUAAAUGUAUUAAAAUAUUCAAAAUAGUA